AUGUCAAGUAGCGAUGGCAAUCGAUUAGAUACUCAAGGCCGAGAAACAGCAACUUUAUACACUUCUCCACAUAUAGAUCCUGAAGAAAAAAUUAUUUUCGUGCUAGAUAAAUUCAACAGUUUCCAAUUGCAUCAUGAUUCCAAAGAAUCCUUCGAAAUUCUAGUUCAAUCAUCAAAUGUCCCAUCUCUAAAAAUUUUGAAAUCAAUAAAUAAAAUCGGGAUUACUCUAAGACAUGAGCUGGAAUCCGCAAAUAAUGCGAAAAUUGAGAGCUUAAAGCCUGACGCCAAAACAAGGAAUUUUUUGGUUCUUUCAAUUUGCUUAAUGGGGAUUUUCUUUUUAUUUUUGAUUAUUGACUCUUAUUGGGCUGAUGAUAAUGUGCUUAGCUAUAUUGGAAUUCCUUUUAUGGUAGUUGCUUUAGUUAUACAAGCGACUAUUAUUUUGUUAAAUGGGAAAUGCAAAUGAAGCAGAGAAAUGACUGAGUUUGAUGAUGAUUUGUUUGCAAUUAGGGUAGAAAAAACGAAAGAAAUCUUGCAGAAAAAAAAUAUUAAAAUGAUUAAGCUGAAUUUAAUGUGGAAGGUGGAUGAGGAUACAGGAGAUAUCGAAUUAAUUCAGCUUCCAGGGUAA